UUGAUCCUUAAAUGACGUAACCGGAACUAUAUCGUCUGGAAUCGGAAAUACGUUAAAAAAUAUCUGCAUUCGUGUGUUGUUAAAUAUAUUUUUCUUAGCACAUUUUGUACACGAAAUAUACAAGCAUGGCUAUGCAAGCAGCUAAACGAGCUAAUAUUCGAUUACCACCUGAAGUCAACAGAAUACUCUACAUUAGAAAUCUACCAUACAAGAUCACAGCUGAGGAAAUGUACGACAUCUUUGGGAAGUAUGGACCAAUACGGCAGAUUCGAACUGGAAACACGCCGGAAUCAAGAGGGACAGCUUAUGUGGUCUAUGAGGACAUCUUUGAUGCCAAGAACGCCUGCGAUCACCUUUCUGGAUUCAACGUCUGCAACAGAUAUCUUGUAGUUUUAUACUACAAUGCAAACAGGGCUUUCCAGAAGAUGGACACCAAGAAGAAAGAGGAGCAGCUGAAGCUUCUGAAGGAGAAAUAUGGCAUAAACACAGAUCCCCCAAAAUAGUCUCCCCUCUUCCCCAUUUGGCACAGAAUGUGCAUUUAGACAUCUGUACAAAUUCACCUCUUGCUUGUUGUAAGCCAAUAAUGUUUGCUUGUAGGACUCUUGUCUCCUGAAAUGCUUUUUAUUUUGCUUAUUUUUUCUUAUUUGUACAUCUUAAUUUGUCCAAUUGCUAAAGUUAAUUGAUUCUGUCAAAUAAAUUGGUAUUUUCUGUCAAAUAAAUGGUCCUUGUAUAAAAUA